AUGACAAGGCCAGAGAACAUACGGAAAAAAGCACUUGCUAUCCAAAUAGAAAUUGGCGACAGGAAUGGAGAGGCAACAAGCCACGGAAUCCUAGGAGAAUUAAUCCAAUCGUUUGGUCAAUACGAGAAGGCCCAAGAGUAUACGGAGAGAGCACUUGCCAUUCAAAUAGAAAUUGGCGACAGGUAUGGAGAAACAACAAGCUACGGAUACCUAGGAGCACUGUUUCAAGCUCUUGGUCAAUAUGAAAAGGCCCGAGAAUAUACAGAGAAAGCACUUGCCAUCAAAAUAGAAAUUGGGGACAGGAAUGAAGAAGCAAAAUGCUACGAACACCUAGGAAUACGGUUCCAAUCGCUUGUUCAAUAUGAGAAGGCCCGAGAAUACCAGGAGAAAGCACUUGCUAUCCAAAUAGAAAUUGGCGACAGGAAUGGAGAAGCAUCAAUCUACGCAAACCUAGGAGGAUUGUUCCGAUCACUUUAUCAAUAUGAGAAGGAUGAUACAUUUGAAACUAUUGACACAGAUGGAAAUGGUGGUAUUUCUCCAGAUGAGUUGGCGGAAGGACUUGAUAUCUCUCUGCUAAUUGCUAACCGAUAUGUGGUAGCUUUUGAUGCGAAUCGAGACGGAGAGCUCGAUUCUGAGGGUUCCAACAUCCCGCUGAGUACGUGGCUUCAUCUAAUGUUCCUGUGGGCUAUCAAGGCUUCUGGAAGUAACAUCGCCAGACUGACUAGCCUUUCAAAGCCUACAGUGAUCCGUGCGCUGAGCGACUUACGAACGCAUCACAAGAAAAAACAAAACGGAAAAAGGAAAAAGAAAACAGCACAACAACCAACUCCUUCCUUGUCAACACCAACAACCUCAAGGGGCAAAUCUUCUCAAAACCAGCAGUCAGUUGGCAAUCCACAUCAGCCUACGGAGAUUUUUCAAGAGGGUAACAAUUAUAGCCAUCCUCUUUCCCUGCCGGCUUUAAGAAAACAACCACAGGCAGACAGUAUUGAUCUUCCCCCUCCAGCCACAGCUAUUCAUCCUGUAGCAUCACAAAAAAAACAAAACGGAAAAAGAAAAAAGGAAACGGCACAACGACCAACUCCUUCCUUGUCAACACCAACAACCUCAAGGGACAAAUCUACAAAAAAACAGGCAACACAUGUUUUAAGUGAUGACGAAGAUGAGUGUCGUGAAAAUGUGGUGAUCACAACAUCAUGUGACAACAUGGACUGCAAACUGUUGCUACUGGAAAACAAAACCCUAAAAGAGAAAGUAAAGAAGCUACAGGGGAGGCUUGAUGCUGCAGUGAAAGCCAAGUCACCGACUUCUAUCGUGGCAGGGAAGCCAGCUGCUGGUAUUGUUGAUCGUGAACUUGCUGCUGAGUACCAGAUGAAAGAGUUCUUGGAUUGGAGUGGCAUUUUCUGGUAUGGAAGCCAACGAGCCAUCUGCUCUGCAUGUACCAAAUGGGAAGAGUAUGUCAAUCUUGUUGUUGAUAUAUUCUUCCCAAAAGAAGUGCUUAGAGUUUCUUGUGUAAGAGGACUUAACAAGGGCAGAAAACUAAAGGACACUGUGCCCCUUUGUCAGCCUAUAGUUGAGGCUAUUAUUGGUAAGUUCACAUGUGUGAAACUGUGUUACACUAUUUCUUUUUUUUAAGUUUGCACUUGAAAGGACUGUACAGUAUGUCUCAUUUCUUGAUAUUUUUACAUGGAUACUGCCACACACGCCCUCAAUGGGUUAGUGCUGUACUGCAGAUUUGAGAACUUGGCCAGGGUAGUGCAUUAAGUUUAUGGCAACUGGCAUUUGAGAGUUUAACCCUUAUGAAUGAUGAAAUUGUCAUGAUUAGUAUUUGUGUCACAGAA